UUGGCUCCCUUGGGGAAUAUUCCUUGGGAAGAAACUGGUGCUCCUCUCAGUCCGCUCCGCGCUGAUUCCCAGAAGGUGUAACAUCGCGUGGCUGGGACGGGAAGAAAGGGUUGCCACUCAUCUGUUGCACAGCCCGAAGCUAGAGCAGGCAACUGUUGAGCCGCCGUCGGCGACCCACAGCUCACCCCGGGGCUUUCGGAAAAUAAAGGAAAUCAAGUAGAAACCGCAGGUCUCAAGCGGAUAAUCCUUAGCUAAGAUUCCGCAUGGACGCCACUCUUUAUUUUACAAAUGGACUCUCAAGUCAUGGGGCCGUGACCAACCAAGGCUCCGUGAGUCACAAGCUGGGAACCACCACGUCGCAUUUACAGCAAGUGAAGCUUAAUUCCUCUCACCUUGAACAUGAGUUCGACUUGUUGAAUUGCUUCUAUCAAAUAGAAGAGUGGAGCAAGUUGGCAGGCAUGACCUCAUGGAAUGAUCAAUGUUAAUGUUAUCAGUAAUAAGAGGUGUUGACAUUGUGCAAUGACACAAUGAAAUGGACACAUCACCUCGGUGGCAUUCUUCCCCCCAAAUCCAAGUUUCGUCGCGAGGAAAAGCAGACAGACCUAAAUUGAGGAACACUCUACCAAGCACCUGACCAGUGAUCUUCGAAAGUGUCAAGGGCAUGAGAGACAAGGAAAAACUGAGAAACUGUUACAGAUUGGAUUAAGGAGACAUGGUGACUGAGUGCAGUGUGGUAGUAUGAGAUGGAUCCUGGAAGAAAAUAAGAUAUGAGAGGGAAAAAAAGAGACAAGGAAAUAGCAUGGCAUGAAACAUGGCUCAGUUCUAUUACAAAAGGAAUGUGAAUGCCCCCUACAGAGAUCGCAUCCCUCUAAGGAUAGUCCGAGCAGAAUCAGAGCUCUCACCAUCAGAAAAAGCCUAUUUAAAUGCUGUGGAAAAGGGAGAUUAUGCAAGUGUCAAGAAAUCCCUGGAGGAAGCGGAAAUUUAUUUUAAAAUCAAUAUUAAUUGCAUCGAUCCUCUUGGAAGAACUGCUCUCCUCAUUGCAAUUGAAAAUGAGAACUUGGAGCUCAUUGAACUACUUUUAAGCUUUAAUGUCUAUGUUGGAGACGCUCUAUUACAUGCUAUCAGGAAGGAAGUUGUUGGAGCUGUUGAGCUGUUACUGAACCACAAAAAGCCCAGUGGAGAAAAACAGGUGCCUCCCAUACUCCUUGAUAAGCAGUUCUCUGAAUUCACUCCAGACAUUACACCAAUCAUUUUGGCAGCCCAUACAAAUAAUUAUGAGAUAAUCAAGCUUCUAGUUCAGAAAGGAGUCUCCGUGCCCAGACCCCACGAGGUACGCUGCAAUUGCGUGGAAUGCGUCUCCAGCUCGGAUGUGGAUAGCCUCCGCCACUCACGCUCCAGACUCAACAUCUACAAGGCCUUGGCCAGCCCCUCUCUCAUCGCACUGUCAAGUGAAGACCCUUUUCUCACAGCCUUUCAGCUAAGUUGGGAGCUUCAGGAGCUGAGUAAAGUGGAAAACGAAUUCAAGUCGGAGUAUGAGGAGCUGUCCCGACAGUGCAAACAGUUUGCUAAGGACCUACUGGAUCAGACAAGGAGUUCCAGAGAACUGGAAAUCAUUCUUAAUUACAGAGAUGACAGUAGUCUCAUAGAAGAACAAAGUGGAAAUGAUCUCGCGAGACUCAAAUUGGCCAUAAAGUACCGUCAAAAAGAGUUUGUUGCUCAGCCCAACUGUCAACAACUGCUUGCAUCUCGCUGGUACGAUGAGUUCCCAGGCUGGAGGAGACGGCACUGGGCGGUGAAGAUGGUGACGUGUUUCAUCAUAGGACUUCUUUUUCCCGUCUUCUCUGUGUGCUACCUUAUAGCUCCUAAAAGCCCACUGGGACUGUUCAUCAGAAAGCCAUUUAUCAAGUUCAUCUGCCAUACAGCGUCCUAUUUGACUUUUUUGUUCCUGCUGCUGCUUGCCUCUCAGCACAUCGACAGGUCAGACUUGAACAGGCAAGGUCCACCACCAACCAUCGUCGAGUGGAUGAUUUUACCGUGGGUCCUGGGUUUUAUAUGGGGAGAAAUUAAACAAAUGUGGGAUGGUGGACUUCAAGAUUACAUCCAUGAUUGGUGGAAUCUAAUGGAUUUUGUGAUGAAUUCCUUAUAUUUGGCAACAAUCUCUUUGAAAAUUGUUGCAUUUGUAAAGUAUAGUGCACUUAAUCCACGAGAAUCUUGGGACAUGUGGCAUCCCACUCUGGUGGCUGAAGCUUUAUUUGCCAUCGCAAACAUCUUCAGUUCCUUGCGCCUGAUCUCGCUGUUUACUGCCAAUUCUCACCUGGGGCCUCUGCAAAUAUCUCUGGGAAGAAUGCUCCUGGACAUUUUGAAGUUUCUAUUCAUAUACUGCCUUGUGUUGCUAGCAUUUGCAAAUGGCCUAAAUCAAUUGUAUUUCUAUUAUGAAGAAACAAAAGGGUUAAGUUGUAAAGGCAUACGAUGUGAAAAGCAGAAUAAUGCAUUUUCAACGUUAUUUGAGACACUCCAGUCCCUGUUUUGGUCAAUAUUUGGGCUGAUCAAUUUAUAUGUGACCAAUGUCAAAGCACAGCACGAAUUCACUGAGUUUGUUGGCGCCACCAUGUUUGGGACAUACAAUGUCAUCUCUCUGGUUGUCCUACUCAACAUGUUAAUAGCUAUGAUGAAUAACUCUUACCAACUCAUUGCUGACCAUGCAGAUAUAGAAUGGAAAUUCGCUCGAACAAAGCUUUGGAUGAGUUAUUUCGAAGAAGGAGGUACUCUGCCUACUCCCUUCAAUGUCAUCCCGAGCCCCAAGUCUCUCUGGUACCUGAUUAAAUGGAUCUGGACACACCUGUGCAAGAAAAAGAUGAGGAGAAAGCCUGAAAGUUUUGGAACAAUAGGGGUAAGAACACAGCAUAGGCGAGCUGCUGAUAAUUUGAGAAGACAUCACCAAUAUCAAGAGGUUAUGAGGAACCUGGUGAAGCGAUACGUUGCCGCAAUGAUCAGAGAUGCCAAAACUGAAGAAGGUCUGACUGAAGAGAACUUUAAGGAACUAAAGCAAGACAUUUCCAGUUUCCGCUUUGAAGUCCUGGGGUUGCUCCGGGGAAGCAAACUCUCCACGGUGCAGGCGGCUCAGGCCACGAAGGAGUCCUUCAAUUCAGCCGACUCGGAUGAAAAGAGCGAUAACGAAGGCAGCAGCAAGGACAAGCGAAAGAACUUCAGUCUUUUCGACUUAACCACUCUCAUUCACCCGCGAUCCGCCGCCCUUGCCUCCGAGAGACACAACAUAAGCAACGGCUCCGCCCUGGUGGUGCAGGAGCCGCUGAGGGAGAAGCAGAGAAAAGUGAAUUUUGUGACCGAUAUCAAAAACUUCGGGUUAUUUCACAGACGAGCAAAACAAAAUGCUGCUGAGCAAAAUGCCACCCAAGUCUUCUCUGUUUCAGAAGAAGUUACUCGUCAACAGGCCGAAAGACCGCUGGAGAGAAAUAUUCAACUGGAAUCUCGAGGAUUCGCUUCGCGCGGUGACUUGAACAUCCCGGGUCUCAGUGAACAGUGUAUAUUAGUAGACCACCGAGAAAGGAAUACGGACACCCUGGGUUUACAGGUGGGCAAGAGAGUGUGUUCCUUCAAGUCGGAGAAGGUGGUGGUGGAGGACACUGUUCCAAUCAUACCAAAGGAGAAGCAUGCAAAGGACGAGGACUCUAGUAUAGACUAUGAUGUAAACCUCACAGACACAGUCACCCACGAAGAUUACAUGACCACACGAUUGUGAUACUUGAAGGAGGAAGCGCUGAUCCUACAUAUACAUAUUUUCCAUAGUGCUCUGGGUAGGGGGAAAACUAGCAAAAGCUAACUUACACUUUAUAGCAUUUAUCAUCUGUGGCAUAUUACCGCGUAACAUGUUUAACUAAGGCAAAGGCUAUCAAAAACCCUGGUUGUGUAACCAGCUUUUGCUUUCACAAUUUGUUUUUGUUUUUGUUUUUGUUUUUUUGGUUAAUAAAUAAACGCACCGUGUAGUCUUGUACUGUUGCCAUAAUCCACAGGAAAUUUUUAGCUCUCUUUUUCAACUAAAACAAAUGCAACUUAUUCCAUGUGGUAGUUGACUCCUAUGAUAGAUAUUUUUAUAUGCAGAAACCAAUGUAGCUGAAAUAUUAGAGCUUUUCAUAAUUUUUUAGGGUCUCUAGAGAUGGUUGCUCCUCAAGGACUUUUCAGUCAGCCCUACAGUUUAGCUUUAAUACACAAACAUCACCAAAUUAUUUCUUAACAUGUAAAUAAUUACAGCACCAGUUGAAGCAAACAAGCGUCCUUCUCAUGAGUCAUGAUCAAACUCCCUCUUAAAACGGAAGACAGGUGUACUUCAGUUUUAGGUUGCCCAGUUUUUCCUCCCAGUAAAUAAAAUAAAUGUUUGUCUUAAUAAAUGUUGAUGAUUGAUGAUUUUUAAUGAGAUUUUGUCAUGACAAAAGUUUUAUUUCAAGUUUUUUUUUUUAAUGACCUUUUUCAGGUUCAAUUGCUAGUCAGUAUAAGUACCAGGCUUUAUGAAUAACAGAAUUUCAAAAUGUGACAGAAGUUCUCAGUCCUAGAAAAGAAUAACAAUAAAUUAGAAUAAUUAAUGCACCUUAAACAAAGCAAGAUGAUUGCAUUCUCGUAAUAUCCAGAUGAAAAUAAAAUCAUUCUAAACUCUAAAUCUAAGCAAAGUUAAAUUGUAUUUUUAAUCAGUGUAACGUUGUUGCUAAUUCAAAAGAAGUACAAAAACAUAAGGGUUUCCUCGUCUUUCCCCCAGUGACUGGUAUAUAUUUCUUUAAAAUUAAACUCACCCAAAAUCAUUAUUAAUUUUAGCAGUAGAUAUAAAGCUUUCCCCAGAGGGACAACAUUCUUAAUUACUUGUUUCUUCUGUUGUUUUCAAGGUAAUCUAGCUUAAAUUACACUCAUUCAUGAACUACUAAAAAAGAAAGGGUUUUACCUGACAUAAAAAGGCACUGGCAACUUUAUAAAGUUUAAGUUAUGUAACUUGUGUCUAUUUAAGCCACCAUGGAAAUAGAAGUUCCUUCACCACAUACAAUUAGCAUGUAUUUCAAAUCAUUAGAAAAAUGCUGAGUUUGUUUUACUUCAGAAAUUACCUCCAUGGACUAGACUAUACAUGAUUUAACAUUGACCCAAAAUUGGAAAGUUUCUGAUAACUAUACAUGGAAAAUAAGGAAUAACAUCAGCAACAGUACCAGCCACUGUCCUUUGUGCAAUGUGAGUAUCAACACCUAUGUACUACUCACAACAAUCCUCUGAAGGAGGUGCUAUUCUUACCCCUACUUUAGAGAUGAAGAUACUAAGGCAAGCACUAUUUAGGUGAAGGUUCAUAGCUAAUGAUGGAGCUAUGAUGAGGCCUCCAGGGCCAUGCUCGUAACUACUAUUUGUAGUGCCUCUCAGAACAUAAAUAGAGCAAAAAAUGUGCACAUACAGGCGUUACUGUUGCUACUUCUGCAAUGGUGUACUUUGAGAGAGAAUUAGUUUGGUAAACUCCAUAAAUCUGUGUUCCCUCUUGUAAAGCAAGAGGAGUGCACAAAAUUAAAGAUAAUUUAGACUCAAUUAUAUUAUAGAAGUUAGUAGAUUUAAGAAAAAACAUAUUUGAUAUGGGACAUCAGAAUUCAACUGGAAAUAUUGGAUUUUUAGUUUUCAAAUAAGCCACAACCCAGAGGCACGGAGAUACUGUUCUUUUCCUAAAUCUGGUUUUGUCCUCGGGAUAGAGGAAUGGGCCUAGUAGUUUUGAAGAAACACAAUAGGGCUAAUGCUUGUUCUUACUGCCUCAAGCACACCUUUAUCUCAAGUAUGUUAGGACUCACAAUAAGCCCUGGGGAUAGCAAAACACCCAAACCGUUCAAAGUCAGACAGACUUUCAGUAGUAGGGGAACAGAGACCUAGUCUCAAUACUUGGGGUAUUUUCCAAUGAUUCCAUUUUGCUGCUUCUGUUAUUAAUGUUGUUAUUUCCAAAGUAAAAAUCAUAUACAUCAUCAUUUCACAUACUCUACCAGAAUUUAAUUUCAAAUGUCCUCUGUUCCUUCAGAAAACACCACUGACAAUAAAAGCCACAACAAAAUAUGUUCCCAGGAAUUUAUUUCUAUCAGGGGUUAGGGUGCUGAUAUUUUACAAAGAAACAUGGUGAUAACAGAGGGAUUUACUUGGAACCAGUAACCCCCUGCUUCUCAUGUUCUGAAAAUGAUGGCUCUUAACAAGCCUCAGAUGUCACUGACAGAUGCGUUUAUGAGUUUAAACAAAAUAUUGGAUAUUUUUAGUACAAUAUGUCCUAGGAUUGAACAUUAUUCUGAAUAUAUGGUGAUACUAAGUAGCAUUAAUGAAGAUGAACAGUAGGGAAAGAAUAAGAAAACAAAAGAGCAGGAUUGCAAAUAGAAGGAUGAUAUUUUUUGAGGUCUUUAAACGAGUAAUUUGGGGCUUCUUUUCAUUUCCAUUCAUAUUUCUAUGAACAUAAAUUCCUAAACACCAAAGAGAGGUUUGACAUCACACCUUCAUUUGUAUAAAUAAUGUUUCUUAUGUUUCGUGUCAUUUUGACCUUGCUAUUUGUUGCUCAUCUUUACUUAUUUAUUUAUUGUCAGGGUUUGGUGGAAGAAUGUCUAGGAAAUUCUGUUUAACUUUAAUAGAAUAGGUUAUAUUCACAGCACUUCAUUUAUCAUCUAUUUGGAAAACCCAUUUACAAGAGAAAAUUCUAUGAAGAUGUACCUCACCAUUUGCCAUAGUUGUAUUCCUGAAAAUAUCUGUGUAAAUAAUUCUGUAUUAACUUCAGUAGGGGAACUGGCUAUGUAAAAAAAGAAAAAAAUGGUAGUGAAUUAUUUUGUAAAAUGAUGAAUUAUUUUUCAAAGUGAUAACCAUCCUCAAAAUGUAACUGUUUCAUAAGUUGGACAUUUGUAUAUCAAAUUUUCUUAAAUUAGAUAUUUUAUUUAUUAGCUGGCAAUUAAAAUACUGCAAAAGCACACCCACUUUCUUGCCUUGACCUGGAUAGCAACCCAACAUACUUUAGUAAUUGAACACACAAAUCCAAACAAAGAAAUAUUUCGAAUAACCUUUGAGGUGUAAAGAAAGAAAUUUAUCAUAUUAUUCUCAAAGAAGCAAUUUCCCAGCCAGUAUAGAAGGAACAUGGGUAACCAGUGAUACAAAAAUGCACUCUUCUAAUAUUCAAUAAUCCUUACUAAUUCUGGGAUUUAGUGGAGUGAAUGAUUGUCCAAUCCCAUGACUUUUUGUUGAAGAGCAGACAUCAAGCACUGAAAUCUGUCCAUUCUUAGUUAUUGUGCAUUGUGUUUGUAAGCAGACCACUUUAGACAGUACCCUUAAAAAUCAGCUGGGCAAAAACCAUCCGUGUGACCCUGUCAAUAUGUUUACAAUGACUUAAAUUUUUAAAGAGCUAAAUUUAUGAAUAUACUCACCAUUUGGAAAAUUAUUUCUUCAGUUUAACUUUAUUACAUUUUUUCCUUGUCUUAUAUUCUCCAAAAUUCAGACCUCCCAGUAAUUUACAUUUAGAAAUUACUCUCUGUAAGUCACCUUAAAUUCAAUUUCAAAUAUAUUAUUCUGAUUAUUUCACAAUAUAUUACAAUGAACUUUGUUUAUAUAAUGUUAUCACAUGACUUUAGAAAACAUUUUGGGAUAUACUAAAUAAGUUCUCCAGAGAUAACUGGAGAAACUAAGGCUCAGGGCAUUUAUGGCAAUUAUCCAAAUUUACCCCGCUACUCAGUGGUUGAGUUGGAGCUUAAAGAGAAACUCUUCAUUUAGAUAUUCAGAUGAGAUACCAGGUCAUAAAUGUCUCGGCUAAUGAAUUUUUAUUUUUGUGGAAUUUUGUCUUCUUUGCUCUCCCCUUCAGUAGAAAAUAUUUAUAGUCAUUCAAACUUUCCACAGCCCAAAAUCAAAGAUACUACCUUUUUUUCCCUACAAAUGGUGUUCACAGAUUUUUUUUAAAAGCUGGUGUCUUACCAUUUUCUAAGAAAUGCAGUUCAUCAUUUUCACUUCAACUGUAGAUUUUGUGAUAAUUCUGUACACAGUCUGGUAAUAAUAAAAUGUCUGAAAUAAAAUUAAGACUUCUCAACUGAAAAAUGAUAGAGCUGGGAAAUAUGAAGCUGACAGGAGAUUGAAACCAUGAGACCAAGGCCAAAUAUGGUCAUGCUGUCACUGAAUUGGCAAAGAGUGAAGUUGUCUCUGCCAGUGAAAUUUACCAGUAGCAAACCCAUCAGCUGCCUCUGGAGCCGCACUGUCCAAUAUGGUGACUACUAUUGACAUAUGGCUACUAAGCACCUGAAAUGUCUAUAAUUGUAAAACGCACACUGGAUUUCAAGGACUUAGUAUGAAAACAAUGAAAAAUAUCUCAUUAAUAUUUACAUUGGUUACAUGUUGAAAUGAUAGUAUUUUUGGAUGCAUUGGGUUAAAAUAUAUGAAUUAAAUUAGUUUCAUGUUUCUUUUUACUUUUUAAUGUAGCUACUAGAAAAUUUUUAAAAUACAUAUGUGACUCACAUUUGUAACUUGCAGUACAUUUCUAUUGGACAGUGGUGCUCUGGAGCAUCUCUAUUUGUUUCACUCAAUUCAUGUAUUCCCACCAUUUGAAUUUCAUAAGUGAAAUUUAUGUAUUCAACUACUCAAAAAAUACUGUUUUUGUUCAACUAAAAUUUGCUGUUUCUCCUCGAUUCCUAAUCUUCUAAUGGAAUCAGUGCUAAUAAUUUGCUGUUUUUUCAUGUUUU